CGGGCUGCGCUAUUUCCGGAAUUCUACCUUAAGCGCUCAAUGUGAUCAAUUUACGCACGCGUACAGUAUGUUUCCGUUUUUCUCUCAGCGCGCUCGCGCGUCGGCUCGAAAACCCGCGAGCGUCACGUCGAGGGCAAAACACUGACGCACUUCAUCCACUCUGUCACGCUUGAACCCCGUUAGCAAUAAUGUCCGAGCCGUACCGCGAGUGGAUCCUGGGCUCCAUAGACUCAUUGAGGUCGCGGAAAGCGCGACCCGACCUGGAAAGAAUUUGCAGAAUGGUUAAAAGGCGACACGGGUCGGACUGGGACCGAACCCGCACAGAACUAGAGAAACUGAUAGAGGAGCAGACGGUGCUGAAAGUGAACUAUAAAGGCUCGGUUUCUUAUCGCAACGCGGCAAAGGUGCUAAGAGGCAGGAGAAAAACCGAGCAGAGCAAGUGUGCGGUGAAGCAGCCGUCUCCACCGGACUGGAGCACCGGGGACAGCGCGCUGGGUCUCGCGGAUGAGGAUCAGAUGGAGGACAUGGAAGAUGAGAUGUCCACAACAGCAGGAAUGGAUAGCAGUAUGGAUGAGGAGGGUGAUGAGAGCAGUCUGGACACCAUGUGCGCUCAGAGCACCACUGACUCUGGCAUCAGCAUGAGUCCCAUCACCAGCAGUAACAUCAGUCUUCCUGCGCCCUCCCCCACUACUUCUCCAAAGAGCUCUCCGACCCACGAUGCUUUGCGGCAGGAUGGGGACAGUGCUUAUAUCCUUCCUGAUCAUGCAGCGCAGCAGCAGGGCACAGGAUCUCCAGAGUUGGGGCAGCAGCCACUGGCCAUCUGUCCGUCCGCUCAGCAGAGCGCUCCUCAGGGAGAAGAGGGGCCGAGAGCGGAGGAGAGCGCGCUCACCUCUGAUCCACCACUGUCAGACUGCGGAGCCAUGCCAAAUGAUGCAGUGACGUCUGACAGAGCGCCUCAUGCCGUCUCUGUUAAUGUCGAGGAUGGUGAAAAGUGCAAUAAUGAACUGAACAGCAUGACAGAGGUACACAAUGGAGGAAUCAAUGACGGAACCGAGGCGUUGAAAGAGGAAAUUGGCCAGGACCCCUCGCACUGGACCGUGGCUGAUGUGGCCAAAUACAUCACUUCUGUGGGCUUCCCGGAGCAGGCAGCAGCUUUCAAAACACAGGAAAUAGAUGGGAAGUCUUUAAUGCUGAUGCAGCGCAGCGAUGUGCUGACCGGUCUGUCAAUCAGACUUGGCCCUGCCCUCAAAAUCUACGAGAAUCACGUGAAGGUACUGCAGAGAAGCCACUUUCAGGACGACAACCGCCUCUUCUCAUAGAGCUCGUUUUCACUGCGAACAGACUGAAACCUCCUGGCUCGGAACGUUAGCCAUGAAAGGGGAGAACGGAGCUCUUUAAGACUGGAUUUGCACAACGCUUUCAUCUCCUCUGGACAUACAGCAUGAUUCAGCCCUGCAGUCUGUUCCUCUGUUCUGUUUUGUGUCCUUCAGUUUCCCCCUCACAGGGCUGAUGGGACCACUCGUGUUUUUUCUCGGUGAAGCGUUAAAUUCACCAGCGUUCCUACUGUUUGUUGUCAGGUAUGAUUGACAGUGUCGCAAUACUAUAUAAACAUGGUUUAUGUCCUGUUCAAUGUACUAUGUUCAUUAAUGUUAUACAGCAGUCUUAAAAAAGCCAUGUGAAGUUGUUAGGAAAUAAAUUCCAGUGUCAGAAACUGUGGUUUCAGUCUUUUCUGUUUUGCAUUGGGACUGCCAAGCUGAGUCAGAAAGUGAUUUACUGAUGUGUUGAUCCCAGCACUGCACAGCAAUAUAAUUCACACAAAGAGAUGUCUUCAUAGUGAGGAGAUGGCAAUAGAAGUUGAUUAGAAUUUAGGUGGAUAAAUCUCACAAAAACACAUUCACGAGAAAAACAAAAAGUAAGAAAUUGUAUUUUGAAUAAAGAAAAAUGGGAAUGUUUUAUGUUUGGGGUGUAAUGUGUCAUGCAGGUAGUGUAAUCCGACAAUAAAAAAGGUAUAUAAAAGAGUCGACAUUCAAGAUACAUCUCUGUCAUAUCUCAUAUCACCGCUCUAGACUGAAGCUCUGAACAGAAACAGUCACUUAUGAUUUCUACAUUGUGGUACUUGGUUAACAAAAUCAUUGUCACUUUGUUCCCGUAAAUUAGCACCAUUUUCUAUAUGUAUCCAGAUGU